CUCGGCCCCGCCGUCUCCUCCCCUUCCUGUGCCGGCCGGAAAGUGCCGCGUGUUCCGCAGCCAUGGAGUAUCUGCCGGCCCCCGCGGCCCCGGCGCAGGGACACAUCCUGUGCUGCCAGUGCGGUGUCCCCAUCCCGCCCAACCCGGCCAACAUGUGCGUGGGCUGCCUGCGGGCCCAGGUGGACAUCACCGAGGGCAUCCCCAAGCAGGGCACGGUGCAUUUCUGCAAGCAGUGCGAGAGGUACCUCCAGCCCCCAGGAACCUGGAUCCAGUGUGCCCUGGAAUCGAGAGAGCUGCUGGCUUUGUGUCUGAAGAAAAUCAAAGCUUCCCUGAGCAAGGUCCGGCUGAUUGAUGCAGGGUUCAUUUGGACAGAACCACAUUCCAAGAGGAUCAAGCUCAAAUUGACUGUUCAGAAAGAGGUGAUAAAUGGGGCAGUUCUGCAGCAGGUGUUUGUGGUGGAGUACGUUGUUCAGUCUCAGAUGUGUGAAGACUGUCACAGGAUUGAAGCCAAGGAUUUCUGGAAAGCUGUGGUGCAAGUCAGGCAGAAGACUGUGCACAAGAAGACUUUUUACUAUUUGGAGCAGCUGAUUUUGAAGCACAGGCUCCAUCAAAACACACUGAGGAUCAAAGAAAUCCACGAUGGCCUGGAUUUCUAUUACUCUUCCAAGCAACAUGCCCAGAAGAUGGUGGACUUCCUUCAGUGCACAGUUCCAUCCAGAUCCAAAUCAUCCCAACGUCUGAUCUCCCACGACAUUCACAGUAAUGUCUACAACUACAAAAGCACUUUCUCUGUGGAAAUUGUUCCCAUAUGCAAGGACAAUGUUGUGUGUCUGUCACCCAAGCUGGCCCAGAGCCUGGGGAACAUGAGCCAGAUCUGUGUGUGCAUCAGAGUGACCAGCACCAUCCACCUCAUCGACCCCAGCACUCUGCAGAUUGCUGAAAUCGAUGGCAACACCUACUGGCGCCACCCCUUCAACAGCCUGUUCCACCCCAAGCAGCUGGAGGAGUUCAUCAUCAUGGACAUCAACAGGGUCCAUGAGAAGAAGAAAGGUGCUGGGGCAGGGGCUCGCUCAAACAAGCACACUCUGGCUGAAGCCUGGGUCAGGAAAACCUCAGAGCUGGACACAGAUCACCAAUAUUUCUGCUGCACUCACCUGGGGCACAUCCUGAACCCUGGCGACCUGGUCUUGGGCUUUGACUUGGCCAACUGCAACCUAAAUGAUGAAUUUGCCAACAAGAUGAACCCCCAGCACAUCCCUGACGUGGUGCUGAUCAAGAAGAGCUUUGACCGCUGCAAGCGGCAGCGCCGCAGGAACUGGAAGCUGAAGGAGCUGGAGAGGGACAGGGAAGCCUCAGACACAGAUGAUGAAAGACAAUACCAGGACUUCCUGGAAGAUCUGGAAGAGGAUGAGACCAUCAGGAAAAAUGUCAACAUUUACAGAAAUGCAGAUAUUCCAGUGGAGAGUGACACAGAUGAUGAUGGAGCUCCACGGAUCAGCCUGGCUGAGAUGCUGGAGGAUCUCCACAUUUCCCAGGAUGCCACAGGAGGGGAGGGAGCAGAAAUGCUGACAGAGUGAGGACAGUGCCUUGCACCCAAUAAAUAUUCCCUGGGGAGCAAAAACUCCCCAGACCAUCAUUAACCAUCACCAGGUUAAUGGUUAUUAUUAUAUAUAUAAUAUAUAUAUAAUAUAUAUAUUAUUAUAUAUGUAUUAUAUAUAUAUUAUAUAUAUAAUAUAUAUAUUUCCAGGGCCAGGAAAAGUGACAAAACUCCCAUGCACCCCAAAAUAAUGGCCUGGAAUUCAUAUUUUAUGGUUGAUAUCCCAGAGAAUCAGCCAUUAAAGCUCAAUUUCUGGUGGAAGCAUUGCAAUAUGAAUUCCACAAGUUCCUCCCAUCCCUGAGGGAUCUUUCCAUGCAAUUUCUGCAGUGGAGAAAAUAAGGAAAGAUGUCCAGAGGGAGAGAUUUUAUUGCAGUUUUCCUGGAUUUUAGGUAGAGUCCCUACCUAGUGUUGCAGCUUUAAUUUCUCACAUGGGGAAGGUUUUCCCCAUUUUUGGCACAAUGGUUUGAAGCCUUUUAUGACACUGGUAGAUUAUUCCAUAUAUCCAUAUCUAGGGAAGCUCAAGACUAAUUUCUGUUCCCUCACCCAAAGAAAACUUCCCUGCAAAGCCCUUGAUCAGAAAGAUUGGAAAAUCCUGUGGAGUGUGAUGAGUAUUGAACUGUAACCCACGUCUGGAUCAGUGGAUUAAAAGCAACAUGCACAGCAAUGAAUUAAUAAACCAGCUAUAAAGGAUUAAAAACC